AUGGGCGUGUUUCUCGUCGAGUUGAAUGAGUUGAUCUUUCAAUCUCUCCUAAUCGGCUUCGAUUUCCAGCCCCAGGGGAUUUGGCGCCUGGCCAAGACGGAGACCUGCGGUGGUACUGUGGAGGUACAGGCCUUCUUUUGCCAGUACUUCUUUACGCGAUUGAGCUCCGCCAUUGCCUACGCCAUCACUAUCAACGGCGGAGACAAGUACAUCGUGAAGAGGGUUGGCGAUCAGUACGUGAUUGGCAGCCCCAACGUCGAGAGUGCCACGUUGAAGAUAUUGAAGACCCCUGAGAUCGACCCGGCUGCCGGCGUGAUUAUCGUCAGCGAUGACAGCUGCGUGCGCAUCAAGAUCAACAGUCAGCCCCUGUACGGAGGAGAGAGGAACCUGGCAUUGACCCCGAAUGCCUACUACAACAACAUUGUUGUCAAAAUUUGGGGCUGCGCCAUCACAGCGGACGGCAUCUGCGGCGCUCAGAAGCUUUCCACCCAGUUCAUUGAUCCGCAGAGUGAGGACAACCUCUUCACUACGCCCGACAAGCCUAAUCUCUGGGAGGAGCUCUGCGAGUUCUGCCAGGAGGAUGGUGCCGCUCUCACUCCGCCAGGGUGCCCGGCACCUCCGGGUGGUACGGUUGUCCAACCCGGCUGCGAGUUCCUGAGGCCCUUUGGCAGCCCCCGGGACCUCGAGUGCAUUCCGGAUGAGACGAGCACCGACCCCGACGUGAUCGCCAACAACGAGCGUAUCAAAGAGUUGGCGAACAACGGCGAGAAUUGCGUUGCUUUUGUCAACCUCAACACGCCGAAGUUCCCAAGGAGGAGUUGCCGCGACUGGUGCCAGGACCGCGGAGCCCGGUGUGUGGCUGUUCGCGAUGACCCCUUCGCAGGCCGAUUCCCGAAUGAUCAAUCCGUGUGCAAUCUCACGGACGCCAGUGACCCGGUCAACUUCGUAGACGGUGAGCCCAAGACGUGCGACACUCGUCUCCGUGAUACUCACUGCGUCUGCGAGAAGCCGGACAACAAUGC